AUGUCAAGUGUCGCGAUGGAUAACAGCGACAUUCCGUCAUCCUGUGGCACUCAAAGCUCCUUCGAUCUGACGGCUUGUGAAGAGGAGGCCACAGCGUACGAGUCCACAGACCUAUCGAACUCUCAGUUUUCUAGCGCCCUUACAGCCGCCUUGCGGCAGUUUCAGGGCGAUCAUGGUCCCCUGUCCAGUACCACAAUCAGCCAGGCGUCCGCAAGUGAUGCAGGCGGAUUUCCUGUGUUGGAGGUCCCUGAUGAAAGUCAGAAUCAGGACACUCCGUGCCCGCUUGGGGAGGUCACCACUGUUAUGGUCAAGAAUGUGCCCGUAAAGUGCGGGCAGCGCCGGCUACUCCGACAAUUUCUGGCUGCCGGGUUCCAGGGUAAGCUGGACUUUAUCUACCUGCCGAUGGACCCAAGAAGUCGAUCCAGUCGUGGUUUUGCUUUUGUGAACCUGACCACGGUCGAAUCUGCACAUCGCUUCUACCGUAUCUUUCACGGGAACUUUCUUAAGAACUAUCCGUCCGAGACACCGUUGGAGGUUGCAGUUGCAGAGAUUCAAGGCUUCGACGCCAAUGCGGAGCACUACCUGCUAGUGAAGGCAAGCCGUAAAGGCAAGGGCCGAGAUGUGUUCGGCUGCCCGACAUUCCUGCGACCAUUACAAAGGCAUCUGGUGAACCACCUGCGCACGUUGGAGGAGCCGAAGAAGCCCAAGAGCAAGAGCUCACAGCACGAGGAGGCGAGCCAGGAUGGGCAAGAGGGCCAAGACAUUUCUUGGCCGCCCAUGCGGGAUCUUCGAGAACCCGCGUUGCAGUAUCCCGUGCAGCAGCCUGUCGCGAAUCUGCUGCUUGAGCCGCCAUAUCGUGCACCCAUGCGGCCAGAAGCAGCAAGCACAAUCCCCAUGAGGGUGCCUAUGGCCUACCCACAAAAACCUGAGCAGCUGCUGCCGCGGCAACCCGCAUCUAUCCUUUCCCCUCAGGUUGCUGGUUUUCAAGUACACGACCCAUCACAUUGUUGGAAUUGCGGCCGUCUGAUUACGGGCAAUCAUUCAUUUUGCCCUUUCUGCGGCGAAGCGCAACUCCCCGCGACGUCAAGCCCUGGACAGUCUUUCUGGAUUUGA